AUGAAAAAGGAGUUAAAAUGUAAACAAAGAUCAAAAAUUAUAUUUAUAACAGAAAUUCGAGAUCUUUUUGGUGGGGAAGUUAAUACUACAGGUGGUAAUACUGCAAAUAAUGAAGUUAAUCCAACUACAACAAGUACUCCAAAUGGAGAAUUAAAUCCAACUGUUACUGCUGGUGAAGUUAAUCCAACCACAACAGCACAAGUUAAUCCAACGACUACCAAUUUCGAAGGUUUUCAAACAAUUUCAGUCUCUGCCAACGAUUAUGAACUGACAACCCUUACUCCAGUGAUUUCAAUUGGAGGAGGUGAAACAUCUUCAUCAUCUUCAUCUUCAAUCACAUAUACCCCUGCUUCAAUUUCUUCAUCUUCUGAUGCAGCAUAUGAAGGUAAAUCGUCUAAAAGUCAAAUAUCAAUGAUGUUACUUUUGGUUAGUAGUAUCAUUAUGAUAUUCCAAUUUUGA